AUGGCUAUUUCAGCCUGCACUAAAAGCUGCCCACCUAACACCGUCUGCGAGGAGCAGCUCUGCCAGGUUUGCGUACCAGAGAUACCAACAUGCAAGACCUGGCAAUGCAAGGAGAUCGAGAGAUGCGAAGACACGCCUACCGGACCUAUUUGUGUGCGAAUGACCUGUGCAGACAUAAAAUGCGCGGCUGGGGAGUUGUGCAAUGAGCUUCCGGACGGACCGGACUGCGUACCAGACGUACCGAGCUGCGAGGGCUUCUUCUGCCGGCGUGGCACCAACUGCUACAUCCGUGCCGGCUCGCCGGUCUGCCUGCCCAACACGUGCGAAGUGCGCGAGUGCACCGGCAGCCUGACCUGCAUCGACACGCCCAACGGCGCCCUCUGUCGGCGCGGCAUCAAAACGCGCGGCUGUCCCGGCAAGUACUGUCCGGACAACUCCAAGUGCAUCGACACACCAGAGCGGGGAGCCCACUGCGUCAAGAUUUAG